UCUCCUGCGACGCCGCCAUGGCGCUGAGCGGCGGCUGGUGGGGCCGGGCGGUGGCGCGGGCGCGAGGGGCAAGCGGGCUGCUGAGGGGCGAGGCCUGGCCCUGGAGGGCGAGGGCAGCCCGGUUCAGCUCGGGGCGGGGGCCGGGACCGGGACCGCCCGCCGUGACCGAGCUGGACAAGGCGGACGCCUGGCUCCUCAGGAAGGCUCACGAGACCGGGUUCCUUUCCUGGUUUCGGAAUGGCUUACUGGCUACUGGAGUUGGGGUGAUUUCUUACGUGCAGAGUGACAUGGGGCGUGAAGCUGCAUAUGGCUUCUUCAUCCUUGGCGGGAUCUGUGUCUCGUACGGCAGCGCCUCCUACCUCAUCAGCCUCUUCCUCCUCCGCCGCACCAUGAUGCUGUCCUUCUCGGCGGCUCUUCUCAACUGUGCCGCAGUCACCACCGUGGCCCUCUUCUGGCUGUGCGCCAUCUCCCUCUACAUCGGCCGCCUGGAGGUGGAGAUCAUUCAGGAUGACGGCAAUGACAAAUGCCAGGAUAAGAAAAAGGAGGACGGGAAGUCGGACAAGUGAAGAGCGAACCGG